AUGGAAUUAAAUGAAACUAGUGAGUUAAAAUUGCACAACGAAAGUGAAAUACUCUCGAGAAGGAAACGCUUCCUUAUAUUUUCAGAAGGCAGUUCAUUGCAAUUGGUAUUUUGUACUUCAUACGCUAUGCUGAUUCCAAUAGGAGACAUUUUCUUCUAUGGUAACACUAUAGCUUUGGCAUGGGAGCUGCCUCAAGAUCCAUACUCACCAUUUAACCAUCACGCCGAUCCACUUCAUCGGAGAGUAGAUACCAAGGUCGUAUAUUACACCGAUGAAGAUGGAAAAAUUAUCGAUAAACGGCCGUAUCACAGAAAACUCAUAGUGAAUCCAGCGUUUGCGAAACGCAGCGUCGACGGGCUCCACAAAAAAGGAACUUUAGAGAAAUUCAAAAUAAACAGGCAACAGAUGCACGCCUCGGAAAACAAACGGGAAUAUUUGAAAAACAUGGAGCAACGGAGCAUCGAAUUUCACAGGAGCAGUCGCGCCUCGCUUUACCAGAAAAUAGAGACUAUGCUCCUCGGCUUGGGUGUAAAUGGUAAAGACUGUGUAAUGAAAACUUUAUGUCUAAUCAGCCAAGCGAAGGAGCGUCCUCAAGGGAUGUUUUUCGAGGAAAUUAUGAAAGCGAUUUUCACUUUACCCAAAAACUCGGUUGAAGAUGACUACAGCGAGUACGACCCAGCACACACAACGAACGAGUCCUGCGAAGUUUUAUAUCCAGAUUGUAAUGAACCUGCUCUGGAUCCUGAAUCUACUAGUCAGACCUACUAA